AUGACAUAUAGUCGAAUCGCAAGUACAGCAAGCUGGUUUGGAACGAGAGGGAAAUCUGUCAACCUCCUCGUUCAACGCGUAAAAGUCGAGAAAAACGUCAAUAUUGUCAACCGUCGAAACGAGACACCAUUGAUAAUUGCAAGCCAAUUGGGAGCCUACGGCUUCGCAAGUUUAAUACUUACCCAAAAGCCGUUAAUUAACACACAAGACGAAAAAGGCUACACAGCACUCCAUUACGCCAUCGAAGCAAACGCGCUUAAACUAGUGCAGGAAUUAUUAAAAAACAAUGCAGACGUGAACGCACAGACAAAAGAAGGAAACACGCCAAUGCAUAAUGCAGUACAAUUAAACAACCUAGAAAUUGGAAGGGCAAUAAGGAAAAGUCGAUAUUUCAAUCAGACGAUAUUAAACAAUGAAGGAGACAGUGCACUUAUAUCAGCAGUCAAACAAAGUAAAAUAAAAAUGUUGACUGUCCUACUGAAAUCACCAGACGACUACAAUAAACAAGACAAAGAAGGGAAAACACCAUUGCAUUAUGCAUGCAUAAGUGCUAGCCCUUGCAUUCUACACAGACUUCAAGACAAAAGCCUAGGAUCCAUCAAAGAUAUUUAUGGCGACAUACCAUUGACAAUCGCCAUAAAAUACAACAACGAAAGAGCGGUAGACAUGCUGUGGCACAGCGUUCAUUUCAAUACAUCAGCAAAAGAUCUUCAACUAAAUACGCUACUCCACAUGGCCUGCCGCCACGAAAAUGUACCACUUCUAGAAAUGAUUUUCUCGUGCACAAAAGACUUCGACGAAAGAAAUAUGUAUAACGAGACACCUCUUCACAUCGCAAGCUCUGUCAACAACCUUACGGCAAUUAAAAUGCUAAAGGAAAAAUACGUGGACAGAAACGCCCUCGAUGUGAGAGGACAAACGCCGCUGAUAAUAACGGCAAGUUUUAAUUACACGGAAGCAUCAAAGGAACUGUUCAACGACACAAACACGGCAGUCGAACAUAUUUUUUUAAAUGAUGACAUCCAUUCAACUGAGGUGAUCAUCGUGAAUGGCGAGACUGUCAACAUAAAAACGUGUAUUCUUCUGGACGCCGCUGACGAAAAGGGAAACACGGCAUUGCAUUAUUGUUCCCUUUUUGGAAAUAAAGAGCUGGCCAGUUUCCUCAUCCACAAAGGCGCAAGAAUAACAGUACUAAACUACGAACAAGACUCCCCAGUGACCAUUCUAGCUAAACUACCAUCUGGAUACGAUUGCCCCAUAUAUACAGAGGUAUAUGCACCCCAGCAGGAAAUGCCGUGGAAUGCAGCAGAAUUGGACACUCAACAAUUAUUCCCAGAUGAAGGACAAAGUGACCUAGAAACUGACCUAAUGUUUAUUGCGCCUGAAAAGAUUAGUAUUUUGGUUCAUAGAGGGCACCAACAAAAGCCGACCAGCCCUGCAAUUGGCUGUUAA